AGCGCGCUGGAUUCCCCGGGCCAACUUCCGGCGGGUGCGAGUGGCGGGUGCGAGUGGGAGCUGCGUGGCGGGGCUUGCAGGUUUCAUUUUGCUUCUGAAUCCCUGCUUCGGAGACAGCAAUGGCAGCCCGCGUUCUUGUAAUUGGUAGUGGAGGAAGGGAACAUACCCUGGCCUGGAAACUCGCACAGUCCCCUCAUGUCAAACAAGUGUUGGUUGCCCCAGGAAAUGCAGGCACCGCUUGCACUGGGAAGAUCUCCAAUGCUGCUGUCUCCGUCAAUGAUCACACUGCUCUUGCCCAGUUCUGCAAAGAUGAAAAGAUUGAGCUCGUAGUUGUUGGACCGGAGGCCCCUCUGGCUGCAGGACUUGCUGGGGACCUGACUUCUGCGGGAGUGCCAUGCUUUGGCCCCACAGCCCAAGCAGCUCAAUUAGAGUCCAGCAAAAAGUUUGCCAAGGAGUUUAUGGACCGACAUGGAAUCCCAACUGCACAGUGGAGAGCGUUCACCGACCCUGAAGAUGCCUGCAGCUUUAUCACGAGUGCGAACUUUCCUGCUUUGGUUGUGAAGGCCAGUGGCCUUGCAGCAGGGAAGGGGGUGAUUGUGGCAAAGAGCAAAGCAGAAGCCUGCAAAGCUGUACAGGAGAUCAUGCAGGAGAAGUCUUUUGGAGCAGCUGGUGAAACGGUUGUUGUGGAAGAGCUUCUGGAAGGGGAGGAAGUGUCUUGCCUGUGCUUCACUGAUGGGAAGACAGUGGCCCCAAUGCCCCCAGCACAAGACCAUAAGCGAUUGCAGGAUGGAGACCAGGGCCCCAACACAGGGGGAAUGGGAGCCUACUGCCCAGCCCCUCAGGUUUCUAAGGAUUUGUUAGUAAAAAUUAAAAACACUAUUCUUCAGAGAACAGUAGACGGCAUGCAGCAGGAGGGAGCGCCGUACACAGGAAUUCUUUAUGCUGGCAUAAUGCUGACCAAAGAUGGCCCAAAAGUUUUGGAGUUUAAUUGCCGUUUUGGUGAUCCAGAAUGCCAGGUCAUCCUCCCACUUCUUAAAAGUGACCUUUAUGAAGUCAUUCAGGCCACCUUAGAUGGCCUGCUGAGCACGUCUCUGCCUGUUUGGCUAGAAAACCACAGUGCCGUAACUGUUGUCAUGGCUAGUGAAGGGUACCCUGGAGCCUACACCAAAGGCGUGGAGAUAACAGGGUUUGCUGAGGCCCAGGCUUUAGGACUGCAGGUCUUCCAUGCAGGCACUGCUCUUAAAGACGGCAAAGUGGUGACCAGCGGGGGCAGAGUCCUCACCGUGACAGCUGUCCAAGAAAAUCUCAUGUCAGCCCUUCAUGAGGCCAGAAAAGGACUCGACGCUCUAAAGUUUGAGGGAGCCGUUUAUAGAAAGGACAUUGGCUUCCGUGCUGUGGCCUUCCUCCAGCGGCCCAGGGGCCUGACUUACAAGGACUCUGGAGUAGACAUUGCAGCCGGAAAUAUGCUGGUUAAGAAAAUUCAGCCUUUAGCAAAAGCCACCUCCAGACCAGGCUGCAGUGUUGACCUUGGGGGCUUUGCUGGUCUUUUUGAUUUAAAAGCAGCUGGUUUCAAAGAUCCUCUUCUGGCCUCAGGAACAGAUGGUGUUGGAACUAAACUGAAGAUUGCCCAGCUGUGUAAUAAGCACGAUUCCAUAGGUCAAGACUUGGUUGCGAUGUGUGUGAACGACAUCCUCGCCCAAGGUGCAGAGCCCCUCUUCUUCCUGGAUUACUUUUCCUGUGGAAAACUUGACCUCAGUACAACUGAAGCUGUUGUUGCUGGGAUCGCUGCAGCCUGUCGACUGGCGGGCUGUGCUCUCCUAGGUGGGGAGACAGCAGAGAUGCCCGACAUGUACCCUCCUGGAGAGUAUGAUCUUGCUGGGUUUGCUGUUGGUGCUAUGGAGAGACACCAGAAGCUCCCUCAGCUAGAAAGGAUCGCAGAAGGGGAUGCUGUUGUUGGAGUAGCUUCGUCUGGUCUUCACAGCAAUGGGUUUAGCCUUGUGAGGAAAAUCGUGGAGAGGUCUUCGCUCCAGUACUCUUCCCCAGCACCUGGUGGUUGUGGAGAUCAGACUUUGGGGGACUUACUUCUAACUCCAACCAAGAUCUACAGCCACUCACUGCUGCCUGUCAUACGGUCAGGACGGGUCAAAGCUUUCGCUCACAUUACUGGAGGAGGAUUGCUGGAAAACAUCCCCAGAGUCCUCCCUCAGAAGUUUGGAGUAGAUUUAGAUGCCUGCACCUGGAGGGUCCCCAAGAUCUACUCAUGGCUACAGCAGGAAGGACAGCUCUCUGAAGAAGAAAUGGCCCGGACAUUCAACUGUGGGGUUGGAGCUGCCCUGGUGGUGUCAAGGGACCAGACAGAGCAGGUUCUACAAGACAUUCAGCAGCACCACGAAGACGCCUGGGUGAUAGGCAGUGUCGUCGCGUGUCCUGAAGACUCCCCUCGUGUCAGAGUUAAGAAUCUGAUUGAAACCAUACAAACAAAUGGGUCAGUGAUGGCAAAUGGCUUCCUGAGAAGUAAUUUCCCUGUCCAACAAAAGAAGGCAAGAGUGGCUGUCCUAAUAUCUGGAACAGGGUCAAACCUCCAGGCGCUCAUCGACAGCACUCGGGAUCCCAAAAGCUCCUCACACAUUGUUCUUGUCAUCUCCAACAAAGCUGCUGUAGCUGGCUUAGACCGAGCAGAGCGAGCCGGUAUUCCCACCAGGGUAAUUAAUCAUAAAUUAUAUAAAAAUCGUGUUGAAUUUGACAACGCAGUUGACUGCGUCCUGGAAGAGUUUUCCAUAGACAUCGUCUGUCUCGCUGGAUUCAUGAGGAUUCUCUCUGGCCCCUUUGUCAGAAAAUGGGAUGGGAAAAUGCUCAACAUCCACCCAUCAUUGCUCCCUUCUUUUAAGGGUUCGAACGCUCAUGAGCAAGUCCUGGAAGCUGGAGUCACAAUUACUGGGUGUACUGUACACUUUGUGGCUGAAGAUGUAGAUGCCGGACAAAUCAUCCUGCAGGAAGCUGUCCCUGUGCAGAGGGGUGACACUGUUGCUACGCUCUCUGAACGAGUCAAAGUAGCAGAACAUAAGAUCUUUCCUGCAGCCCUCCAGCUGGUGGCCAGUGGAGCUGUGCAGCUGGGAGAAGAUGGCAAGAUCCACUGGGCCAAAGAACCAUGACUCGUCCUGAUGAAGGAGUGCACCCAGUGCUAAGAGAGAGAAGCAGGGCUUCACUAGGUGCCUUUUCAUCGUGGCCAUGGCCAAACUGAAAUACCUGCUCGCAAAAAGACUUUAAUCCUAACCCACUGUCAUUUUUUAAUAAAUAGGUUCAUUAAAAACAAAA